ACAAUUUUUUGGUCUUACUUAUUUGAAAGAGUAGAAAGUCAUAUUUUACAGCAACAUGCACAUCAAGAUCAAUGUUUUCCUAUGUUCAAUAAUAUGUAUCCAACAGACAUUGACAACAUGGUCUGAAAAAUUGUCAGAAGUAUUUGGAGAUGAGACAGCUCCAACUACCGCGCAGGGGUUAUACGAUUUGUAUGCGGCUAUUGUUGAAAAAUAUCCAGAUCAAUCAGUAACACAAGAUUUGACACAACUCUAUUUCGAUUCACAAGGUUAUUCACCAUUAUAUACCGACAUGGUAACUCUAUAUUUAAACGAUCAACCUCAUACUGCAGAAGCAUUUGUCAGUUGUUUGCAGAGAGGUGAGAGUGAGCUAUUUCAUCACACUGAGUUAAAAAAAUGAAGCGAAAAUUUUAUCCCAUCAUUAACAUUCACUUAACCAGUUUUUUUUUUAAUCUUUUGUUAAAUAAAAUUUCUUAUUUAAUUAUUAAUAAAAAUAUAAAACUAAAUAAAUUAUCUCC